ACUAAAGGGUUACCUAAAGUUCACAAUAACUAAAAAUUAAACAGCUAAUAAAAUCAUAAAUACAUAGAUGUAGAUUACCAGCUUACUAAACUGCCACCUAUGAAGCGUUGAUAAAAAGGCGACUUUUAAUUACGUAAUUUAAAUGACUGGACAUGGGUUGUCUACUGUGCCAUCGAGCAGAAGGAUCUUAUAAGAUGACCUUGGGGCCCUGGGGACUAGAAUGUGCAUGGGUGGAUUGGGACAGAAUUGUUUUGGCAUUCCUGGAGUGAUCAACGAAAUGGAGAAUCGAAAGCGGAAGAAGCAUCAGGCCAAUCUAUUCUCUCCUGAGGCCAUAAGAUCUCAUUUGUCUGCCAAAAAAAGGUAGAAGCCGAUAUAGAUAGUCAUGUGGAAUUUCUUCGCAGAGUUGACCUCAACGCAGUGGACAACCUCAAGGAAGAUGAAGCACUCGCGAUAUUGUCGGCCAAGCUCACUUUGAAUGGACUGUCAGUCUUGAAGUUGGCCAUGAAUCAUGUACCAUGUACGUACACGAUGCAUUGCAGGGAAUUUGAAGGCUUUCCUUUACGUACUGUUUUAAUCCAUAACAUUGUCACUGCCUGUUGUAGCUCUCGUUCCCUUGAUUCGCUCGCCAAUGUUCAUCUGUAUGUCAGUUUCCUUGAAAAGUAUUGUACGGAAUUCCUCUGUAGUCCCGAGGUUCUACCGCACGACAAACUUUGGAAGCUAUGUGAAAACGGUGGAUACCGUUACACCAAAUUUUUGUCACCUCCAACAAAAUCUUGCCUAAACUGUGGGGAAGGCAUCACGAUGCACAACCCACGCUCGAAAGCCAAAUUGUUCACCCUUCAAGGCCCUAUUCCUGCAUCGAAAAUCACUCUUGAGUGCAAAGGUUGCAAAAUAAGCUAUGGGAUAACACAAUUCACGGAUAGUACAGGAGCCCAUUUCUAUCCAAAUUCAAUAUCAAGUCAUGUGAUACAGAUGACAAACACCUCAUGCAUGACUCAAGAGUUGUACAGGUGGAUACCUUCUCUCAGCAAGCAUUCUUGGGUUUCUUUUAGUGGCUUUUCAGAGUCGUACAAUGAAGUGUACUUUAAAGAGAUUGACAGGUUUUCAAACACGCUGUCUGUUGACAAAGAUGACUCUGAAGAUGAUGAAAAGGAUGACCCUGAGAGUUCUUCUACCGGAGUGAUGAUCACUGGUGAACUGACAGCUAAGUUCGCUGCUAAAAGCUACUGGAAGAAGGAACUGGAGGAAGAGCUUAAUGACUUGGGAAUACAAGAAAAGUGGUCUUUCAACAAGACUAGUGCAUUACCUUAUUCUGGAAGUGAAGAGGAUGCAAUGGAAUAUGUGGAAAGCAGACGUUCUGAGCAGUUGUAUGCUCACACUUGCUCUAAACUUUGCUCAGAUAAAGGUCUGUUUUAUACCAUAUAACUUACGCACCAUUCACGGUAACAAAACAUGUUUAAUUAAACCAGGUUUAACAAAAUGAAAAUCCCCAAAAGGAGAUGAAAAAGACUCCUUUUUACAUUGGAUUCAACUGAGCCCUAUCAUGUGCUUUCACUGUGCUUAAUUUGAAGUUUACAAGUAAUGACUUCUAUAAAGAAUUUAUUUUAAACUAUGUUUAGCUAUACAACUUUCAAAUGUGUUUUAGCUUUGCUGUGAAUGAGGUAUUAGAUGUAAAUAAUGAUUUUUGUUUCAACUGAUAAUUAAAUUAUAAGUCCCACAUAGAAGAUUCCUUGGAUUAACAAUGGUAAUAGGACUGACUGGAGUCCAAUUCGGUCUGUAAUCAUACGAGUGAUUUGUUAAUCACAAGUAUGAUUACAGACUGAAUUGGACGACAUGAUGUCCUGUUACCGAUUAAUCAAAGCUACUACAAAAUUCGAUAAACAAACAAACCAUCGAUUGAGCACUGAACGAUUAAACGUCGUUAUGAAUGCUGAAAAACAUA